UUCCCACCCGGGCCCAGGUUAGUGGCGCCGUCCAGCUCCAGUCAGAGCGGCCGCCAGUAUGGAUGAUGCUGCGGUGCCCAGGGACAAAGUGGAGGGCACUCAUCAGGAGGGCACCCCGUUUAACCCCUUCCUGCACGAGUUUCACCCCGAGGGGUUCUGGCAGAAAUUGAGGUUCUAUGUCUUGGGUCCAAUACUAUUCCCCUUGCGUUUCCUUCUGGCGUCCAUCUUCCUUUUUCUGAUGUGGCCAAUUGCUGCUCUUCGCGUAGCAGGGAUGACAGAGGAAGAGCUCAGCCGACCAAUACGACACAGACGCACCAUUCUACAUCACCUGAUUUACCUUCUAAGCCGCACUAUGUUCUUCAUGUGUGGUUUCCACUGGAUCACCAUCCGUGGACGCCGCGCCUCCAGCUCUGAGGCCCCACUUCUGGUUGUGGCCCCUCACUCCACCUUCUUUGAUCCCAUUGUUACUGUGGUUUGUGACCUCCCAUCCGUUGUGUCCAGAGUGGAGAAUCUCAGCAUUCCCGUCAUUGGAGCUCUCCUUCGCUUCAAUCAAUCUAUUAUGGUAUCCCGUCAUGACCCAGCAUCGCGGAAGAAAGUGGUGGAGGAGGUGAAGAGACGAGCAACCUCCAAUGGAGAGUGGCCUCAGGUUUUGUUCUUUCCAGAGGGCACAAAUGGUAAUGGAGAAGUUUUGUUAAAAUUUAAACCUGGUGCCUUUGUGGCUGGCGUGCCCGUACAGCCAGUGUUGAUGAGAUAUCCAAACAGAUUGCCGGCGACAGUUUGGACUUGGAAAGGGAAUGGCGUGCUAAAGGUCCUCUGGCUGACAAUGUCUCAGUUUUUCAUCAACCUGGAGAUUGAGUUUCUCCCCGUUUACAAUCCUAGUCCUGAAGAGAAAACAGACCCUGUGUUGUAUGCCAACAAUAUACAGAAAUUUAUGGCAAAGGCACUAGGGAAACCAGCUACUGAGUUUGAGCUGAUAGGAGAUACCCCUGUUUCACCUGUGGGACACCUGAAGGUUCCACUGGACCCCAAAAUCUGGGAAAUAGGAAAAAUUCUGAAGAAGGCUGGGUUCUCAUUUGACAGUGUACAGGGGCUAAUUGAUCUCUGCUUGGAGGGAGUUUGUUCACGUGUGGGAUUGGAUGAGCUAGCAGAGAAGCUGGGUCUCACACAGACUGAUGUCAUUUCCCGGGUCUUCAGUUAUUUCCACAAGGAUGCUAGUGGAAUGAUAGAUUUCCGAGAAGUCUCAUUAGUCCUAGCAGCUCAGGAUGCUACUCGCUCUGCAGAGGAGUUGGCAAAGCUUGCUUUUGAUCUCUUUUCUACCUGUGAUGCUGACGGCUGCUUUUUACUUUCUGCUGAUGGCUUUUCAUCCAUUCUUCGUUCACUGGUGGGAUCACCUCCUGCAGAAAGCGGCAAAGUAUAUUCAGAGCUGUGCCCACAUGAGACUAGCGGCCUUACCCGAGAUGGAUUCAUGAAAUUUGCUAUAAGCCAUCCUUGUUAUCGCCAUCUCUUCCUGUUCUUUCUGCGCCCCCCAGCAUCCGGACGUAGGAAGUCAUCACGUCUCCAGCAGAAUGGGCACUGUGCCAGGAAGAAUAAUCCUGAGGACGGGCCAAAGUCAGACUGACAAACUAAGGGUUGGGGGUUAUAUUGGGGGUUGGGGAGGUGGGGAGGGUUUUACUCCAAAGGUUUUCGUGGCAGGGGUUGGGGUUUUAUGAUAAAUUUGUGGUUGUUGUAAGCAUGCCCAGUUGCUCUAUCAUCACAAGAUGGAGGACAUGCAAUAAGAUGUGCUUAAUUGCAUACUGGGAAAGAUAUUCUCAUGAAUUUCCAUUAAAUCAUUUAGCUGAAAGCUGGGUGCAUCAAUUUAAUGGGAAGUGUAGUGAGCAUUGUAGCCAGGAACAUGGAGCCUGGAAAUACUCAAUUGAGCGGCAUGCACUUAAGUGGGGUGGGACAGAAGUUAAUGACACUACGCUGAAGGAGCAAUAUUCUGCAUGCUUGUAGUCCGGAUAGGUGCGGGUGCAGAGUGGAGAUGACAUUUGCAUCCCAAAUAUCUCAGCUCUCAGGGAAACAGCCUCCCUUCCCCCAAAGAAUUUUAAAUUUGUACCUUUUAUUUCAACAUUUUAUCUCUGAUGGUUCCCAUGUGUUACUGCUAUUGUCAUGUUUCUGAAUGAUAUAAUUAUUUUUCAUAAAAAAAUGUGUGUUGUGGUUACUGCGGGCUACCUAUUGUUAAAGUAGUAUUUGGCCCAAGAUGGAAGGAGAAGUGACUGAUAUGAUUGUUUCUUCAUCUGCACUUAUUCACUCCAUCUGUACCUUAGGGUAAAAUUCCACUUUAUAAUCUAUUUGCCGACAAGAGUGUAAUGUGGGAGCCUGACCCGUCUGUAUAAUUUAGGCCUCAUGCAUACGACCAUAUUUUGUGUCCAUGUCCGAUCUGCAUUUUUUCCGGAUUGCUCACAGACCCAUUCAUCUGAAUGAGGAAAUUCUUUUUGAUGCAAAAAAAAAAUAAAAAAUUGUGCUGGAAUGGCUGAUGGAGCCGGUACAGACUAUUGGAAGCGUAAAAACUACCACAAAAUACUUUAUAUACCGUAGAUAUAAUAAAAUCACACUGCUCAUCAAAACA